CUUUCAAUCACUGCUAAAAAUUGAUAUUGAGUAAAUGUAUGACAGCAUAUUGUUGACAACGUAUCUCUUGAUCACAUGUUUAUUUUAAAAACCGACUAUUGAGAAGCAGUACAUUUCAUUGUAAGUAACGUCCGCUGAUUAUUUAGACAUUAGUUGGGAAUAAUAUUUAUCUGAAAGGAUCGAGCCACUAUGAAGCUUUACUGCAUAGCCGUUCUUCAUAAAGGGGAAACAAAAGUGAAUCCCUUGGCCUCAGCACAUGAAUUAUCAUCAUUUGGAUAUUUUCAAAGAUCUAGUGUAAAAGAGUUUAUGGACUUCACAUGUAAAAUUGUGGCAGAGAGAACAAUAGUUGGGUCUAGAGCAUCUGUGAAGGAACAAGAGUACAUUUGCCAUGUUUAUGUUAGAAGUGAUUGUCUAACGGGAUUAGUGAUUGCAGAUCAUGAAUACCCACAGAGAGUGGCCCACACUCUUAUCAAUAAGGUUCUGGAAGAAUUUACAGGUAAAGUUCCUAAGUCACAGUGGCCAACAGCUAAUUCGAGUACGAUAGUGUAUAGAGAGUUAGCCGAUUACCUUCAGAAAUACCAGGAUCCCAAGCAAGCAGACUCAAUGACCAAAAUUCAGAGUGAAUUGGAUGAAACAAAGAUUAUCCUGUACGAUACGAUAGAGAAGAUUCUGGAGCGGGAGGAGAAGCUCAAUGAUUUAGUGGAGAAGUCAGAAGGACUCAGCAUGCAGUCCAAAGCUUUUUACAAAACAGCAAGGAAGACCAACUCCUGCUGUGUAAUAUUAUGAACACACUAUUCAGUAGAGAAACAGCGUUAUAUCUGUUGAGUUUACAACAUUAUAAAGAGGGGAGGGGCAAAAAAAGAGGAUCUCUUUCCUCCAUUCAAAGAACUUUCAGCUCUAUUGUGAAGAAUACAUUAUUGUAUCAAUUAAAUGUUUUGCUUAAUGCUGAAAAUUUAAAGAUGAAUCUUUGAUUUAAAUUUGUGUUUAACAAUUAAGCUACUGGUGUCUUAUUUUUUUUAUUCUCUCACCAUUUUUUGCUCUUUUAAAGUGCAAUUGUAUGUCUGUAGUAAGCAUGUUAUAAUGUGUGUGCUUGUACAUGUAUGUAUAUUUAUAUUCGACAAGACACUGUCAAAGAUAAGAGUGGAUUUUUUUUUAUCCAUGACUUGUUGUGUAAAUCAUAUAAGUUAUCCAUGUGCAUUGGUAUUAUUCUGCAAUACUUUUUGCAUACCUUUUAUAGAAGAAAAGUUACAGCUUAACCAAUAUUUUUUCUUUAGUUUACUGGUAUUUAUUGGGUAUCUUCCACAUUGAGAUUGUGUGAGUGAUUUUUAAUAUAUAUAUAUUUUUAAGCAAAUGAAAACAAGGAUUAGUUGUACUUUGUGGCAUUAACAUUUUGACAAUCGACAUGUUUUCAUGAAGGGAUAUAUGUCGUUUAUUAAAAUAUGAUAAAAAUUUAUUGAAUUUGAAUUGUAAACAAAUAAUCAUUUCUAAUACCAAUAUAUGUUGACAAAAUUUCUCCAUAUUAUAAAGAACAUUAUUUCAAACUAUAAUGAAUUCAAUUUAAUUCUUAUUUUUUGGCAACUGGCAUAAAUAUAUAUGUACCUUUAAGUCUUGAUAAAGUAAUUUUAAAUUCAUCAUGUACAUGGAUGGUGUCAGGUAGCAAUAACAAGUAUUUAUUGCACAAGAUCUGUCUCGACUAUAUAGAAAUUUACAUAUCUGUGCUCUAGGUACAGCGCAGACAUAGCAGCUUAAUGAUACACAAGCAGCUACAGUAUUUGUGUGGAAGGCUUCAGCUCUUGCUGACUAACUAGGGACCACUGCAAUGUUGAAUAUUAACAGCUUGUCAUUUGUAUUCAUUUCCUAUUUGUGUCAGGAUUUAAUUUUCUAUAUUAGAUUUAAAUGCUAUAAUUUAUUUCACUUUUUUGUGUUUUAACAAAAUGAUGUAAUAAUUAUAUUAUUUAAUAUUACAAACAAAUGCAUAUCUUGCAUUUUAAAUAGCAUGUGAUUUGAUGAGUGAUAUGACUUGUCAUGAUUUGAAUGCAUUAUUUUAAGUUCUUUGGUUUUGCAUAUUGAAACUCCUAGAUCAUCUUAAAUGGUGCUGAUGUCUACCCUAAUUGCUCUCUAUUUUUUUUAAUUACCCUGUAUUACCUUGUCCAUGUACACAGUUUCAAAGCAGAUGUCAUUCAGGAUUUAUUUAUGCUUUGUCAGCAACUCUAUUUUUAAUUUCAAUGCUAUUUUCUAUUUUUGCAUUCCCUCUGAAGUUCUGUGUGGUGAAAAAAUGGUAAGAUUUUAAAAUUACAUAUGUUUAUAUUCACCCGUCAUUUUCAACUCAUGAUAUCCUAAAAUGUCAUAACAGUAUGCUACACUGUAAACAAAAAUUAUUAAAAGAUAAAUAUUUGCUUCAAUUAUCAAUAAAUACCUUUGAAUUGUUUGAAAAAAAUUAAAUGAUCCAUGUCAUUUCCUACUCAGAUGAUACAUUCCUAUGUGAAAAUGAAUUUGGUGGUUUCAUUAGUUUUUCUUUCCUUUUCUUUCUUUUUUUGGGGGGAGAAGGGUGUCGCUCACAUUAAAUUUUGGUGGUUUUACUUGCAACGAUAGUCUUUUUAUAAAGCUACUGUAAUAAAGUGAGCAUGUUAGUGUGUGUGGAGGAGUGAAUGACUAGCUGACUGUGUGUGAAUUUACUUCAGAACAGGGAAGUUACAGAAGAGCUACUGUAAUAGCAUAAUCAUAAACCACAGCCAACAUGUACAAUCAUCCCCUGAGGUGUAUGCUGUCAAUGGAUUGUGGUCUAAGUUCACAUUGUUUUAAAUAUUGGUCUGUUUAUGGAUUUGAAUAAACAUAUUCUGGUAAUUUUAUAAAACACAUGUCUAGUUAAUGUUUAUUAAUAUUUUGAUGUUUAAACACUAAAAUAAUAAAGAUGGUUUUAUCAGAUUAGUUUGGUGCCUGAGCACCAGGAUUUCAUUGUAUAAGUCGGUAACAUAUUUAAUAGAAGGUGAAGACUGUGCUUUUGAAUCUACAUUUAUUUGUAUUUAUGAAUAUUCAAUUUUGAAACCUGUAACUAUACAGUUGAUUAAUUCAUUACAUUCAUACAUGCUGUGUAAUAUUGUUUAUAUUUUGUACAUAAGAAAAGAUUGAUGGAAGUCUUGAGUGAAAUAAAAUAUAAAGGCAUA